AUGCUCUUCUCUACACUUUUCACGACUGCCCUCUGUCUAGCCGGCGUGUCUGCUAAGACGCACUCCUUUGCACGGUCGCUCAAACCUACCCGUAUGGCUGACCCUUAUGCGAGCCUCCAAGCUCGUGCGGUCCCUGACAGUCAUUCGCCUGCUACCCGGACUGUUAUGCCUGCUUCUAACCCGCAAUCAAAGAAAACCAUCGGCCUCACCCUCAAAAUGCAUGCUAUCCUAUCUCAAUGCCGUCACAACGUCGCCAAACAUGUUGACAAAAUCAAGCACCACUGCCGAAAGACCGAGAGCCGUCAAAUCAUCCUCACCAGUAUUAUGGUCGAACUCGAGGCAAUGCUUGUGAUCUUCCACGAAACCGUCACUCAAACCAAAGAAUGCUCUCACACCCCAACUCCUUCGCAGACGCCGACCACCACGCCGCGAACAAUUAACGACGUCAUUGAGAUCGUGUUGCAACUCAUCAUCCUCGUCAAGAUUACCAUUUUGGAGAUGCUAGAAUUCAUUGACGAGGAGUCUGUGCGUAAUCAGUGCGGAGAUGUUCUUCAUCGCCUGACAAGCUCAGUCAGCGAGAUCAUUGUUGCAGUCAACGUGAACGUUCAGGGUUCAGUAACCAUCUUAUCUCAGAUCGGAGCUCACGCCUUGAAGUCCGUUCAAUCAUUUGGUUUCGGGUUCGAAGCCAUCCUCGAGGUCGUUCAGACCUAUUCAUCUUAA